AUACAGAGAAAAUACACCANAAAAGCACCUUCAAUCGGCAGCCCCACUUUACCACUUCCUGCUUUAUUUUUCUCUUCACCUUCCAUUCUCAGUAUAAACCUCGAAAAUCAUCUGAAAAUAAUUUGAAAUCCGUCAACGCAUUAGGCAAGGUUUCCAUAUACAGCUUGCUCGCAGCCGCCAGAAAGUGAUUAGAAGCUUACAGCUUGGUUAAAAGGAGGGGAGAAAGAGGAAAUAUUAUAUUUUUCUUUUGUUUUUCUCUUUUGUUUCAGGUAUGGAAUCAAGCAUCGAGUGCAUAUCAACCGUUGAUGGGGUGGAUGAAGACGAGAUCUCCAGCGUCCACCCAUUUUCUCUGUUCACAUCCCCAAAGCCAUCUCACAACAACAAUAAUCCAGCCACGAGUGUUCACGAGCUUCUUGAAUGCCCAGUUUGUACUAAUUCUAUGUACCCUCCCAUACAUCAGUGUCACAACGGGCAUACCCUCUGUUCCACAUGUAAAAUUAGGGUCCACAAUAGGUGCCCGACUUGCAGACAAGAACUAGGUGACAUAAGAUGUUUGGCGUUAGAAAAAGUGGCUGAAUCACUCGAGCUCCCCUGCAAAUACUGCUCCAUUGGAUGCCCAGAGAUCUUCCCUUAUUACAGUAAGUUAAAACACGAGGCCCUUUGCAAUUUUAGGCCCUACAGUUGCCCUUAUGCUGGAUCUGAGUGCUCGGUUGUUGGUGACAUUCCGUAUCUCGUCACUCAUUUGAGAGAUGAUCAUAAAGUGGAUAUGCAUUCCGGAUGCACAUUCAAUCACCGUUAUGUUAAAUCGAACCCUAGGGAUGUGGAGAAUGCUACGUGGAUGCUGACCGUUUUCCAUUGUUUCGGACAGUAUUUUUGUCUCCAUUUCGAGGCAUUCCAACUAGGGAUGGCCCCAGUUUACAUGGCUUUCCUCCGAUUCAUGGGGGACGAAAUGGAGGCUCGUGACUACAGCUACAGCCUAGAAGUUGGGGGAAAUGGCAGGAAGCUUGUAUGGGAAGGAACCCCAAGGAGCAUUAGGGAUAGCCACAGGAAAGUUAGGGACAGUCAUGAUGGGCUCAUUAUACAGCGUAAUAUGGCUCUCUUUUUCUCUGGUGGGGACAGGAAAGAGCUCAAGCUUCGUGUGACGGGCAGGAUUUGGAAGGAGCAGCAAGGCCCAGAUGGAGCUUGCGUGCCCAAUCUCUGUAGUUGAGAGGCUGCUGUUAAGACUUUUUUUUUUUUUGGGAUUUGUUUGGAAAACCUUUUUUUGUUAUUUAAAAUGUGAUGUUCGUUCGUCAAGUGGUGUUGGGUUUGCUUACGUAAUGUUUUGCGGUCGGUGUUGGAUGGACAGGUCUUUGUUUGUUGCUGUACUGAAAUUGCUCAGAUUUGUGUGGUUAACAGGUAUAUAUAUUGAGUUGCUGGAGAAGAAAAGAAUUUGAAGUACUAGAGUCUUGACAGAAGGAUUGAGGUGUUUCCCGCCUUUUUUUCUUCUAAAUGAGUAAACUUGAAAUGCAACUUAAACUUUGAUCA